AGCAAAAGAGGCUCCUUGCUGAUGAAUUACUUGAAGUUCAUCAAAUUUCACAAGAACUUCAUAAAGAAUUAGAAGAUAGGGAUAAUAUAAUUUUACUUCUAAGAGAUCAUGAAGAAGAAUUAUU